CUCUCUCUCUAAUCUCUCUGUGGUUCUCUUUUUCGCUGAAUGAGACGGAGAGCCCAAAACGAUGUCGUUGCGGAGAUCGAUCCUCUCUCGAAGGACCUUCGCGCUAUCCAAAUCCUUCAAGGAAUUUAGAACCCUAGACUCCUCCGAGUCGAGAUCCGAGCCUGCGCUGCGGCCCAGAAUCGUAGACGAUGACGUUUCCGACGAGGAGGAGGAGGAGUCCGGUGACGGCGCCGCCGGCGACUCUGGAAUCCGGAAGGUGGACUCCGGACGCGGCGAUUCGUGGUCCACAAUGCUACCGGAGCUGCUCGGGGAGAUCAUUCAGCGAGUGGAAGCAAGCGAGAACCGGUGGCCGACUCGCAGAAACGUCGUGUCGUGCGCCUGUGUGUGCAAGAGGUGGAGAGAUAUUACCAGAGAGGUCGUGAGGUCUCGUCUCGAUAGUGGCCAGAUCACUUUCCCUUCUUGCCUCAAACAGCCGGGACCACGUGACUCUGAACAUCAAUGUCUUAUAAAACGGAACAAGAGGAAUUCAACGUUUUACCUUUACCUUGCUCUUAGUUCGUCAUUCACAGAUAAGGGGAAGUUUCUCUUAGCUGCUCGAAGAUAUAGGCAUGGUGCUCACACUGAGUACAUAAUAUCACUUGAUGCCGAUGACAUAUCUCAAGGAAGUAAUGCUUAUGUUGGAAAGUUAAGGUCGGAUUUCCUUGGAACCAACUUCACAAUUUAUGACAGCCAGCCCCCACACAGCGGUGCAAAGCCCUCAAGCAGCAGAGCUGGCCGACGUUUCGCAAGCAAGCAAAUAAGCCCCCAAGUUCCAGCAGGCAACUUCGAGGUUGGACAGGUCUCUUACAAGUUCAACCUCUUGAAAUCAAGAGGACCAAGGAGGAUGGUCUGCUCACUCCGCUGUCCAUCCUCAGGAGACAACUCUGACUUGAAAAAACCCGACCCUGCUGCUCCUGGGUGCUCAAUCUUGAAGAAUAAAGCACCAAGGUGGCAUGAACAUCUGCAAUGUUGGUGCUUGAAUUUCCAUGGUCGGGUGACUGUAGCUUCUGUCAAGAACUUUCAACUAGUUGCAACAGUUGACCAAAGCCAGCCAGGCGGUAUAGGAGAUGAAGAAACUGUCCUCCUCCAGUUUGGUAAGGUCGGCAACGACACUUUCACCAUGGACUAUCGGCAACCCUUAUCAGCCUUCCUCGCAUUUGCCAUUUGCCUUACUAGCUUUGGUACGAAACUGGCCUGUGAGUAACAGUAUUUUCCUACUACACGUAUCCAUGAAAGAAAUGGGUGGUGGGUGUUGUUUUAAUAUAUGUUUUUCGAUGGUUGUCACUUUCCAUAUUACCAAACUUGUUCAGUUUGGUUUGGGGAAAGCUGUGUAAAUGCUGUUAUUUGUAUGAAUGUAUGACUUGGACUUUGAAAUUACUUGUAACAAACCGUUCUAUUCGGAUGCUAAGUCA